UCUAAUCAACUGUUCUCAGCUGUUAGCAUGUAAACUUGUAAAAUUGAACAUUCAAGUAUCUGUAUCCAAGAUAAGAAACGUACAUGAAUCGUCAUUUUUUUGGAGAAUUUCAACAAUUAUAAUGAAAAUGGAUUAGCUAUGCAGCAAUCGUUAUCUCUUUAUAGAGCUAUAGAAUAGUUGAUUGGAAAUAUAGGGUGUAUCUCAUAAUUAAUAGAAUAUCUUAAUUAUGGAACUAGAACGAUAUGAUGAACUAACUACCAUGUAUAUAAUGAACAACAACCAUAUGGAUCAUUGUUCACUUGAGUUUGAUGACGAGAUAACAGAAAGUUGUGAAUUGCUCGGGGCCACCUACAACAGUAUAGAUGGCAGUGAUGAAUCCAAUAGUGCUCAUUGCCAUGCCAACAAACCAGCCAAUGUGAUUGACAAAAAGGCAAGACGGCAACUAAUUUUAGCAUCAAUACUAUGUCUUGUCUUUAUGAUUGGAGAGAUUGUCGGAGGGGUCUUGGCUGGGUCCCUGGCAAUAAUGACAGAUGCUGCCCAUUUGCUCACAGACUUUGCAAGUUUCAUGAUCAGUUUACUUUCCAUAUAUUUAGCAAGUAGACCAGCAACAAAAUUGCUAAGUUUUGGAUGGCAUCGCACAGAAAUAAUUGGUGCCUUGCUGUCAGUGCUGCUUAUAUGGGUUGUAACUGGGAUAUUAGUGUUCCUAGCUAUACAGCGAGUGAUGCAAAAUGACUAUGAGAUUAAUGCAACCAUUAUGCUGAUCACAUCAGGUGUCGGAGUUGCUUUCAAUUUUGUAAUGGGUUGUACACUUCACACUCAUGCCCACAGUCAUGGGGGUGGAGGCCACAGUCAUGGGGGUGGAGACCACAGUCAUGGGGGUGGAGACCACAGUCAUGAUGAAUCAAGCUCAGACUCAGAAUCUGGGCAGAAAAAUGAACAUGGCCAUAAUUCUUCAAAUAUAAAUGUGCGAGCAGCAUUUAUUCAUGUUAUAGGUGAUUUCAUACAGAGUAUUGGUGUAAUGAUAGCAGCUUUUAUCAUAUAUUUCAAGCCUGAAUGGAAAAUAGCAGAUCCCAUAUGUACAUUUAUAUUCUCUGUUCUGGUGCUGUUCACAACAGUUACAAUUCUCAAGGAUAUUAUAAGGGUUUUAAUGGAAGCCACUCCAUCUGGAAUACACUACAAUGCAGUGAAGGAUUGUUUGUUUGAGAUUAAAGGUGUAAGAGAUGUUCAUAAUAUCAGGCUAUGGUGUCUUACUAUGAACAAAGUUGCCUUGUCAUGUCAUCUUGCCAUAGUUUCAACCGUACGUGCACAGGACAUUUUAGAAGAAGCCUCAAAGUUGAUAUAUACAAGAUUUGGAAUAUAUGAGUGCACAAUGCAAAUAGAGAACUAUGUAGAUGAUAUGGAACACUGUACAGACUGUAAAGACCCAAAGGAUUAAAUCCUCUUUUGGUGAAAUGUAUGAGCAUUGUUAGGGAUGCUUAGUUUUAUAUUAGUGCCUAAGCACCAAUGAAGCUCAAAAUGGCCAUCAUUUUUCAUAUUAAAAAAAUGUAAUCUCUGAUAACUCAAAUAUUAGUUGACGGAUUUGGUUCAAAUUUUAUUUGCUGAUGCCUAGGGAUAAAGGAGCUACGUUGAAGAAGGGAUUUUUAGAAUUUCUGCUAAAUGCUAAAAUGGCUGCCAUUUUUCGUAACAAAAAGUAAUCUUUGAUAACUCAAAUACCAGUGAACAGAUUCUGUAUGUGAACAGACUUUAUAUGCUGAUGCCUAGGGACACAGUAGUUCUGUUCGAGAAAAAUUUUCAAAAUGGUGGCUGAAUUUCAAAAUGGCUGCCAUUUUUCGUAAGAAUUUAAUGUAAU